CCAGUCCCUUCUUUCUCCAAAUCUCAUAAACCACAAACAAUUCCCAAACUAGCUAGUUACGUUGAAUCCAACACAAUGCCCGUCGGAGAGGUAGUUCUAGGCUCAUUUCUUCCAGUACUUGUUGACAAGCUAGCAUCCGCUGGGAUAAGCCAGUUUCUUAAGUUGGUCAAGGGGAAGAAGAUAGAGGCUAAAACCAUACAAAAAUGGGAGCAUACCCUUAAAUUGAUUGUAGCGCUGCUAGCUGACGCUGAGCAGCGUCAAACUGAGAGCAAUGUCGUGAAGCUAUGGCUUGAUGAUCUUCAAGACUUGGCUUAUGACUUGGAGGAUAUCCUCGACGAGUUCGCAACUGAAGCUCAACUCUAUAUUCUCCAGAAGAAGGCGCUGCAGGAAGAUGUUGAUGUUGAUGAUGCUGUGGUCACUGGAUUUUUUGACUCUGCUAAACAUAAGGUUAAAAGCUUUUUAGCUUGUCGUUGUACAACAGCCGGACAACAAUUUCGAUAUUCGAAGGGAGACCUUCCAUCAAGAAUCAAAGAGAUAAGCAUCCGCUUAGAACGUAUUCACACUCAGGCUAGAGAUUUUGGCCUUAUAGCUAAUAGCAUCAUGCAGCAAGAGACACACCAAACAAUGGCAUCAAAUGCAAGUUGGCGACAAUCCACAUCUUUAGUUUGCGGACCAGUCAUUUAUGGAAGGGAUGACAAGAGAAACGAGAUUAUUGACAAGUUGUUGAAAGAUGAUCCCAAUUAUGAAAAUGUUGUUGUCAUUCCUAUUGUAGGAAUGGGAGGUGUUGGGAAGACCACUCUUGCUCAAUAUGUAUACAACGACGAGCAGCAGGUGAAGGGCCACUUUGAUCUUAAGGCAUGGGUGUGUGUAUCAGAUGUGUUCGAUGUCACAUGUGUCACAACAGAUAUCAUCAACUCGCUCACCAAGAAAAAGUGUAGUUUUAGCAACCUGAAUGAGGCACAAGAAGACUUGGUGGAGGUGCUAAAAGGCAACAAAUUCUUACUUGUUCUUGAUGAUAUUUGGUCUGAGAACUACGAUGAUUGGAAUCAACUCCAAGCACCUUUCAGACAUGGGUUAAAAGGAAGUAGAGUUAUUGUCACUACAAGAAAAGAUAUCUCUGCAAAGAUAGUGACUAGUAAUCCAACUCACGACACCAUCAUCUAUCUAAAAGGGUUGUCUAAUGAUGAUUGUUGGUGCAUAUUUCAGAAGCAUGCAAAUGAUGAUCCAGACCUUGCUGAGAUGCGAGAUGACAUUAUAAGGAAGUGCGCAGGAUUGCCUUUGGCAGCAAAAGCUCUAGGUGGUCUCUUUAAAAGUACAACGGAGAAAUGCCAGCGUCAAAGUAUAUUAGAGAGCAAUAUUUGGAUUGAGAAUAGCCUUGUUUUGCCAGUUCUAAGGUUGAGUUACCAUUAUUUGCCAUCUUAUCUGAAACACAGCUUUGUAUAUUGCUCUGUACUUCCUAAAGAUUACAGAUUCGAUGAGAUGGAAGUCGUGUUGUUAUGGAUGGCCCAGGGCUUUCUACCAGAAAACAACAAGGAAAGAAUGGAAGAUAUAGGCCGCAAUUACUUCUUUGAUCUAGUAUCAAGAUCAUUAUUUGAGGAAUGUGCAUCUCCUAUAGGAGGGUCAAGAAAGUUCAUUAUGCAUGACCUUAUCCACGAUUUGGCUCAAUGGGCUUCAGGGGACAUGUGUUGUGUAAUGGGAACUAUGGAUACAUUAACAAAUCCGAAAAGAACUCGCCAUAUAUAUCUCGUUGAGAAUGUUGCUGAUGAAACCUUGGGAAAUAAACUCUUGAAUCCUCCUCAAUUGCGAACUUUUCUUUGUCCACUCAAGACAUUUGAUUUUCUGAGUGGCCUGAAUAUUAAAAUUCUGGAAUACGUUCGAGGAUUUACGUACAUACGCGCUCUACGACUAUGUUCUGGAAAAAUUGAAGAGUUGCCUGAGUGUAUUGGUGAUUUGAUACACAUGCGAUUUAUUUUGCUCUAUCUACCAAAGGUUAGAGUAUUGCCAAAAUCAAUUAGCAAACUCUGCAACAUCCAAACGCUGGACCUACGAGAUUGUAAUAAUCUUAAGGAGGUCCCAGAUGUUAGGUUCCUGGUAAAACUUCGGCAUCUGCACAUUGAAAGGACCUCUUUGCGAGAAAUGCCAUUCGGAAUGGGGUUAUUGAAAAGCUUGCAAACUUUGGAUAGAUUUGUCUUAGCAGCUGAGCAUGGCUCCAGGGUACGCGAGCUCAACAACUUGCUUGAACUCAAUGGCAAAUUAAGCAUCACCGGAUUAGAAAAUGUGACAUCGGUUGAGGACGCACAGGAAGCCCACUUGCAUGAAAAGAAAGGUCUUGAUAAGCUGCAUCUAGAAUGGGGGUCUUGCAGGGAUGAGGUUGAUGACAACACUAAAAUACAAGUGUUAGAGCACCUGAAUCCUCAUACUUCCGUCAAAGAAUAUUUCUUAACAGGAUACAUGGGCUUGACAUUUCCAACUUGGUUGGGAGAUUCGUCUUUUAGUCUUAUGGUUAAUAUAAAGCUCAUCGAAUGUAAAAAAUGUGAAAGCUUGCCCCCACUAGGGCAACUACCUUUGUUGAAGAAUCUUGAGGUUGACGGUAUGGAUGGUAUUAAGCAGGUAGGUCUAGAAUUCUAUGGCAGUCUUGGGUGUUCAAUUUCUUUUCCAUCUUUGGAAACUCUAAGUUUUAACAAUUUGAAGUCAUGGGGGAAAUGGGCGCACUUACCAGUUGGAAACAACAAGGCAUUCACCUGCCUUAAAGAGCUUUCAAUUAGGUCUUGUAUUUCUUUACAAGAUGAUCUCCCUCCGAAUUUACCUUCUCUUGAACGAUUGAAAAUUACAAAUUGUAAGAAGCUGGGGGCCUUAACUGGGCGUCUCCGUUACCCUCUUGAAGAACUCACCAUUAAUAAUUGUGAAUCUCUCAUGACUCUUAACCAGCUACCUAUGACGCUUCGUCAGCUGCAUAUCAAAUAUUGUGACAUGCUACAAUUAGUGGAAUUCGAGAAAUCAUCUCCCUGCUUUUCGUGUCUUAAAGAAUUCCUUCUUCAAUCUUGUCCAUCUAUUACCGCUAUUAGUCACAUCCCCUUGACCAUCCAAUCAUUGGUGAUUCAUUCUUGCCAGAUGCUACGGGCUGUACAAUUUAUUGAAGAAGAAAGAGGAGCAGCAGCAGCAGAAAAUGUUAGUUCUCAAGGAGAUUCAGUGAAGCCACAUGGACUCUAUCCAAAGGUUGAAUAUGAACUUGCCCAUCUCACCCAAUUGAGAAUUACAAGAUGCCCUAAUCUCAUAUCCUUACAAGAAGGUUUUCUCUUCCUAGCUUUAGAACAGCUUGAACUCAACGACUGCGCCAAUAUGGAAGGUCUUCCUAGCCAGAUGCACAAGUGUACCCUCCUCCAAACAUUAUCCAUUGAAAAAUGUCCAACAAUCGAUUGCUUUCCAGCAGGGGGUUUACCAAAAAACCUCAACUAUUUUUAUUAUGGAAGUGUAAACAUGAAGCAGCCUGUACAAGAAUGGGGGUUGCACCUCCUUAAUUCACUUCAAUUUCUUCACCUUGCACAUGUAGGCAGGUCCUUAGACUCAACAGAGUGUAGUUCUAGUCCGUGCCCGGAUCUUUAUCUGCCGUCUUCCUUGUCUGGGUUAUGCAUCAAUGGUUUCCACAAUUUGAAAUCCAUAUCAUGCGACACCAUCAGUCCCAACCUCACUCUACUUGAGGUCAUUGAUUGCCCAAAGCUUGAAUCCUUGGUUGGUGACAAUCUAACUGUAUGGGUGUAACCCAAAUUUGCUAGCGGACAUUGCAUAUUGGCCGAGAGCAAAUUAAAGUGACGUGGGCUCACAAAAGGGGGGACCACUCCAAAUUCAUCACCUUUUGUCUUCAUGCUGAGACCGCCGUCACGGCCAUGGAAAACGACAAAGUAAAGGGAAUCUUCCCUCUGACAAGAUCAAUCACAACAGUACAAGUGUCACAAGAUCACACGCCCUGUCAGGUGAAUAGUACGCCUAUAAAUAGCCAUCCAGUACUAUUCCUGCAGGUACAUUCUCUCAUACUAAAAAUAGCAUAUAUCUCUCUCUAAGCUCUCUCUCUCUCUAGAAUCCUCUUGAGUAAUUAGCUGACUUGAGCGUCGGAGGGGGUUUCCUCGAAACACCCCCGAGGGUAGCUCACGUUUGUUACUGUUGCAGAUCCCUCACGGACAUCCAUUUACUGUCGGACAACUCUCAAAGAGUCCGGCACCGUUUUCGAUACCGAAACACUAACCUUACUUGAUGAUCUAUUAAUUAGAAGUUCUCCAACAUUCCUUCGCUACUUACUAGGCGGUCCACCCAACAUCAGUUCCAGCGCUCUUAUUGGCGACUUUACCUUGCUUACUCGUCUAUCAAUUUCGGAUAUAACCAACAUAGACAAGUCAAUACGAGACUGGGGAUUGCACCUUCUAACUUCUCUAGCAUAUCUUGCACUUCACAAUGUAGGCAACUCCACAGAUGCAGUAGAGUGGAUCCCGGGUCCGGAUCUUUGUCUUCCCUCUUCCUUGACUGAAUUAAAUAUCAUGGGUUUCAUAAAUCUGAAAUCCAUAUCAUGUGGUUCCAGCUUUCCCAACCUGCUUAGUUUGUCUAUUCAAUGUUGCCCCAAGUUUGAAUCCUUUGGUGACAAUGGCCUUCCUUCAUGGCUUAGAGAAGUGUAUAUUUAUGAUUGUGAUUUGAUAGAACAACAUCAGAAAAGCAAUCCUGUUGACCGUAUAACUAUACGCUCGCGUCCUCCUUAUUAAAGUUGGAUUGAUUUUGGUCUGAGACUUGGAUUGGUUUAUCAAACGAAGCAUUUCGUAAUACCUGGUCUUUUCUUAUGCUUGCAGCUCCUUCAACAAUUCAAUUCUUUUUAGCCUUGAGUACUGAUCACUUAAAGAGCUUCUAAUACUAGAAGAUCUUUUGUCAAAUUCAAAAAGUUUGAGACAUCUGCUUUAUAAAUAAGGGCGGUCGUCUAUAUGAUCUAUGUUGGCCUUAUUAAAAAUGCUACUAGAUCAGGACAUCAGUAAGAGCUAGGCGUCUUUGAGCAGCUCACUUAGUGCAUUUGUCAUGGUAGUCACAAUCUUAAUACCCGCGUCUAGCAAAGACUAUAUAUAUAGCAAUCAAUGAGUACAUAAUCAAACAUACAUGUUGCGAAAAUUAUGCUUCCGCUUGUAAUCCUGGACUUCUACGAUGGUUUUCAACCUGUUCUUUCAGCCUUUCAGGACCUGUACUGUAAGAGGCUGUGAGUGGCAAAUCAAUAUGGCCCAUUAGAAUCGGAUAAUUAAGAAAGCUUUAAAAAGAGUUCAGGAUACAUUCAUGGCAGCUUGAGAGUUAUAUAUGUCUUUGGCAAAUGGCAAAGCAAUUACUCAGAAGAUUAUGCUGAUAUGAGAUGAUUAUCAAUGGCAUAAUUUACUUUCUUCGCUAUAAUGUUUGCAAUGGUCAAUAAGAUUUUUACGUUGCUUGAUAACAGUUCCCUAUAUCUCUGAGCGUUGAGUAUUUUCAUGAAUAUAUUAGGACUUGUUGUCCUCACCUCUGAUCUAUGUUUACUAUCUGUUUAGCUUUAUCUAAAAGGAAAAGUUUGUAUUUGGCAAUUUAACAGUAAUGAGAGUCACCAUAAACUGGAUGACUGUUU